AUGUCUCUGAGGAGCACCUUUGAACUGAACACUUUCCUUGUGGAAAGUUUGACAGAGAGAUUGGUUGUCUUCUGCCCACUUUUGGAUUUGGCCUCAUCUGUUCCCAGUAAAGUAUACCUAAGUGCUUCCCUGCCCUCAGAUUCCUGUUACAAAACAUGUGAUUUUGAAAGUGAACCAUGCGAUAAGAUCGGCAAUGGGAAGCCAUCCACUGGCUGGAUAAGGAGAAAUGGAGUGAGCAUCAUAGGAUCUCCUCGCUCGGACCACAAUGGCAACAAUACAGCCCAUUUUCUUAUAUUGACUUCUGGACCAGACCCAUCGCCAGCAAUUCUGAGAUGCAGUGUGAUCUUUGUGGCAAAAACCCAGCUCACAUGCCAGAUGAUAUUUUACUAUUGGGUUGGUCAAGUAAAUGGGACCCUCACAGUGGUACUUCAAACAAUCCCUGAGAUGGCUUUAAAGACCAUCAGGCUAGAAGGAGAAGGAAGUAAAAAUCAAUGGCAAAAAGCUGUGAUCACAAUCAAGAAUACUCUGAACACUAAGGCUAAGGAAUAUGAGAUGGAAAAAAAUUACCUACCUAAUUUUAGCAACACUGCAAUUCAGCAGGUCCACAGUUUUCAGGUUCAUGUUUGUGACUGGAAUUCUGAUGAAUCUUCAGGCCAUGUUUCCUGGGUGCCUGUGGAGCAACUACGUGAUGGUGGCUUAAGAUCCAUUCUUUUGAAAGACGGAAGCAGUGAUAUCAAAGAUGCAGUCUGUGAGCUGCUUGAUCUUGAGAAGCUGGAAAUGGAAAGUCAGAUAGAAACAGGAUAUCUUGAUAAUAGUAACACCACAGUAUUGGUCAUCCGGGGCCAUGAUUAUCGAAGAGCUCAUUUGAAUAUUAUUGCUGCCCAAGAAUGCAGCAGCAGAUAUUGUGCAGCAGCAGCAGUCAGCAUUCCAGAAGCCAACUCAAAAAAUAGAGACCACUAUAAGUGGAUGCAAGCUGAAGACAGCAUAUCAGAUAAUAAUCUGAAUGCUUCAAUGUGUUAUUGCUUCGGUGACAACUGCCAUUUUUGGUUUUAUUAUUCCAUGGUAGACAACAGUACUCUUGAAGCUGUACUUUACACAAGUAAGGAUGAAAAAAUAAGGCUAUGGAAAGCCAGUGUGCCAACUAAUAAUGAAUGGGUGAAAGCAGAAGUACAAAUACCAGCUGGGCUUGAAAAAAGAAAGCUUCAUUUAGAAGGAACAAUGGAAAGCAAGAUAAGCAGUAUUUGUUUGGAUCACUGCAGUUUUCAGGAUAAUACAAUACCAGAAUUGUCAGGAGCUUGCUCUUCUGAAGAAUUUGCCUGUGCCAGUGGCCCUUGUAUUGAUAAUGGCUUGGUCUGCGAUUACCAGAUGGAUUGUAUGGAUGGAAGUGAUGAAGAUUUAACAGCUUGUGCGAAUUAUACAGUGUGUGACUUUGAGUUUGACCUUUGUGAAUGGAAGACACUAAACCCAAAAAAUGUGCAGUGGAAAACAAUGAAAGGACAACCUUACAAUAAUUCUGGACUUCCCAUUAGAGAUCACACAACUGACACAGAAGAGGGUAGCUUCAUUUAUGUGAGUGGCUCACCUGAGGCAAAUGCUAAGCCUGUCAUUUCUUAUCUCAGCAGUCCUAUCUUCACAAAACUGUCCAGUGAUUAUGAUAGUUGUCUGUCUGUCUGGCCAGUAGAGGAAUGUUGGGCAACCUGCAGUCCUCCAGAUCUUAUAGGACUUCAAGUCCCAUCAGUCACAUCCAGGGUGAGAUUUUGGUACCAACUCUCUCAGGAUUCCCAGUUGAGUGUCUUCAUUAGAACCUUUCCUAAUGGCAGUCUGCAGAGUGUCAAGAGCCAACCUUUCAAGAGCACAACACAAUGGACAAAGGCAGACAUUCUUAUACAAAACACCACUGGGGAGAUUGCAGGACCAUUUCAGAUAAUACUACAAGCCAUGAUUCAAACAGAACAAGCUGCCAUUGCUGUGGAUGACAUCAGUAUUACAACAGCAUGUCAGACUAAUUAUACAUCAUUUUCAAGUACCUAUAAAGAAGCGGCUGAAUGUGACUUUGAAAAGGACAACUGCGGCUGGUUAGAAACAGCUAGUGGUGAUGAAUUUGACUGGAUAAGGGCUUCCAGAAGUAUUCUACCUCCUGCUUUCCAGCAACAAGCUCCACCACAUGAUCACACUUAUAACCUCUCUUCAGGUCAUUUUAUGUUCAUUUUGAAAAACAGCAGCAGCAUUACACAGAUUGCACAGUUGCGGAGCCCCAGAUUCAGACAGGCGGGAUCAGAUUGCUCAGUGACCUUCUGGUAUUACAACUAUGGGAUGUCAGUUGGCGCAGCAGAAAUGCAAUUGCUUGUUGAUGGACUGCAAGACCCUACAGUGCUCUGGAGGAUAUAUUACAAUCAAGGAGACCAGUGGCUAAAGGCUUCUAUUCAGCUUGGUCGCCUCCCACAGCCCUUUCAAUUAUCUCUAAAUAAAGUCAGCCUUGGCUUUUAUGAUGGUGUCUCAGCAAUUGAUGAUAUAACGUUUGAGGGCUGUGCUUUGCCAUCUCCAGCACUAAACUGUGAAGGCCCUGAUCAUUUCUGGUGCCAGGACUCAAAGGCCUGCAUUGAUAGUUUGUUACUGUGUGAUCUAGUUGAUGACUGUGGAGACAGAUCUGAUGAAAAUGAGUGUGCGCCUGAACUGCAGUGCAGUUUUGAGCUUGGACUCUGCAACUGGGAGCAAGACAUGGAUGAUGACUUCAACUGGACCCAGAACCAAGGACUGACAUCCACUCCUAACACGGGACCAAUGAAAGAUCAUACUCUGGGCACAAGCAAAGGGCACUAUCUGUACAUAGAGUCUUCCGAGCCACAGAUGUUCCAAAACAAAGCAGCGCUGCUAAGCCCGGUCUUUGAUGCCACCUCUGCAUAUGGCAACAAAAGCUGCCUUUUUCGCUUCCAUUAUCAUAUGUUUGGAAAGCACAUUUACAGGUUGGCAGUUUCCCAGAGAACUGUGAGCAAUACAAGAGGACAUCUGCUAUGGCACGCAUUUGGCAAUCAAGGCAACAGAUGGAUUAAGAAAGUGCUCUACAUUACUAGUUCAGAGCCAUUUCAGAUCUUGGUGGAAGGUACUGUUGGAGAUGGCUUCACUGGAGAUAUUGGAAUUGAUGACCUCUCUUUUAUGGACUGUACACUUUAUAAUGGAACUUUGCCAGUCGGUGUGAUAACUCCAUCAGGGACAUCUGUUCCUGUGACGCUACCAAUGAAUAACUGUACAGAAAAGGAAUUUGUCUGCAGAGCCACUGGCCAGUGCAUCAACAUAAUCCAGCGAUGUGAUUUCCGACCUGAUUGUUCUGACAAAUCUGAUGAGUCAUUUUGUGCAUCUGACGCUUGUAACUUUGAGCAUGGAGACUUCUGUGAAUGGUAUCAACCUCCUGCCACAGUGGCAACAAAAAAUUCAGCCCAUACUGCUCAUGUGUUCCAGUGGGCCCCUGGAAAAGGAGCAGGCAUCCACCCAGGAGAGGAGAAUCAUAGACCAUUAACAGACCAUACUACGGCAACCAGGGAAGGCUGGUACCUCUAUGCAGACAGUUCUAAUGGGGACUUUGGAAAUACUGCUGAAAUUAUCACCCCAGUGAUUUCUCAGACUGGACCCAAGUGUAAACUGGUGUUUUGGAACUAUAUGAAUGGAGCAACGGUGGGCUCUUUGGAGGUGCUGAGCAAAGUGGAAAACACGACAACCAGACUUUGGGCUCAGAGUGGUCCCCAAGGCCCGCAAUGGAACAAAGCUGAAGCAUUUUUGGGUGUUCGCUCUUAUUUUCAGGUUCUUUUUAGAGCAAAAAGAGGCAUCAGUUAUGUGGGAGAUGUAACAGUGGAUGAUAUUUUAUUUAAGGACUGCUCUCCUCUGCUGAUCCUGGACAGACCCUGCACUUCUGAAGAAUUUACCUGUGCCAACCAAUACUGCAUCCCACAGGAGAACCUUUGUGAUUUUGUGAAUGACUGUGCCGAUAACACAGAUGAGAGUGACAGUAUUUGCAGUGUGUCUAUUGGGCGCUGCGAUUUUGAAUUUGAUCUUUGCCAGUGGGAACAAGAUCAGAAUGACGACUUUGACUGGAAUCUCGGAAAUGGAGGCCUUCCAAGAGCAGGCACGGGGCCAAUGGCUGAUCAUUCCUUGCAAGAACCAUCUGGUCAUUACAUCUUUAUAAAAAACUUUUUCCCUCAGUUGCCAGGGCAGGAAGCCAGAAUUUUUAGUGUGAUGAUAAGCAGGAAAAGCAAAAACUGCAAGAUAAUAUUUUAUUACCACAUGUAUGGAGAGAAUAUUGGAUCACUAACUGUCUACCAAGAAACAGUAUCAACUUCCCGCAAAGUGCUGUUUACCCUCUCUGGGAAUCAAGGGAAUUUCUGGAAAAGAAAAGUAUUGCCCCUGGAAGCAGAUGAGGAUUUCCGGGUCAUCUUUGAAGGUCAUGUUGGGAAUGCUUAUAGGAGGUCCAUAGCCCUUGAUGACAUUGUUUUCACAAGGGAAUGUUUACCAUCAUACAACUUCUUGUCAGAGGAACCUACAGAAUUACCCGUAACAGGUGCUUGCUUCCCAAGUUAUUUGGAAUGUCUGAAUGGCAAAUGUUACACACCAGAACAACGCUGCAAUUUUGAGGAUGACUGUGGGGAUAAUACUGAUGAGAAGGAAUGUGGGACCUCCUGCACUUUUGAAAAGGAGAUGUGCGGAUGGAGGAAUUCCCUUGCAGAUAAUUUUGACUGGGUUAUGGGAACAAGCUUACCACAAGGCCUCGUGCCUUCCAAGGACCACACACUCGGAAACAGGAAAGGACAUUUCCUGUACCUGAGAGCCAAGUCAACAGGCAUAAAAGGCGAAAAGGCACAUCUGAGGAGUUCCAGGUGGACAGAAUCUGGUACUGCUUGCACACUGAAUUUCUGGUACUAUAUGUUUUCAAAAGCCACAGGACAUAUCCAAGUUCUCAUUAAGACUGAGGGCAGCCUUUUAAGAGUGUGGAGUGAUUCAGGGGACUAUGGUGACCAAUGGAAGAAAGCAGAAGUUCACCUAGGGAAGUUGAGAAAUUUUGAAGUCCUGUUUGAAGGGAUCCGGACCAAAGACCUUGGAGGAGGAGCUGCAAUAGAUGACAUUGAGUAUGCAGAUUGUAGCACAAUUGGAGAGGAUCCUGCGGUGUGCCCUGCUGAUACCGACUUUGUGUGCUGGAACAAGAAAUGCAUUGAGUCUCACCUUGUCUGUGAUUACAAACCUGACUGCAAAGACCGGUCAGAUGAAGCUGAUUGCAGCCAAUAUACCACUGUGCCAGGAAGCUGUAACUUUGAGACUCAAGGCCAUGACUGGACCACUUUAUGUGGAUUUACACAAGACCCCAGAGCUGAUCUUGACUGGCACAUUGGCAACAGUACUGUCAUCGAACAAGAGGAUUUAACCAGAGACCACACACCGGGAAAUGGACAUAAUUUCUUAUACGUUAAUUCAUCUUCUCAACAAGAAGGCAACAGAGCAAAAAUAGUUACCACUAGAUUCUUCCCAGCCAGUCUGGGUAUAUGCAGACUCCGUUUCUGGUUUUGGAUGUGUAAUUCCCCCAACGCUGGAAUCUUAAAGGUGUUUACCGUUGAAGAAUUUGGAAUGGACAUGUUGAUGUGGGCUGCAACUGGAGUGCAAAGCAGUACAUGGACCUAUGCAAAUGUGGUCCUUUCCAGCAAUCGCCCUUUCAAAGUAGCAUUUGAAGCUGAAGUAGGAAGUAAUGAGGCCAUAGAAUUUGCUCUUGAUGACAUUUCUUUCACUCCAGAAUGUGCAUCGGGAGGUUCUGUUGCACCCCAACCUCCAACCUGUAACAGUGACCAAUUCACUUGUGUGUAUGUGAAGCAGUGUGUGCCCCUGUCUGCAAAAUGCAAUAGAGUGGAAGAUUGUGCUGAUGGAAGUGAUGAAAUAGCUUGUCCCAUUGAGAAACCUACUGCAGCUUCCCCAAGGCUCUGUAAGGACACCGAGUUCCAAUGUGCCAACCAGCUGUGUAUCCCAUCACUCUUGAGAUGCGAUGGUGUGCCUGACUGUAUGUUCAACGAAGAUGAAGCUAAUUGCCCUAUUAAAGAUUGCUUUGAUGGGUUUGUACUAUGUCCCUCGACUAACAGCUGCAUUCCAGUCUCCCAGCGAUGUGAUGGUAUCGCAGAUUGUAUUGAUUUUGUUCCUGAUGAAUCUAGCUGUUCAGAUUGUCCUGAGGCAUAUUGCAAAAACGGAGGAAUAUGCAUCAAGGAACCGGUUCCCAUCUGUCAAUGUGGAAAAGAAUGGAAGGGCAACCGUUGCCACAUAAAAGCUGAGCCUCCUUUGAUUCCAUCUUCAGGCUCCCUUCAAAAUGAUACUUGGACUGGGGUGGGUAUUGGAUUAGCUUUCCUGUUGAUUGAAAUUGCGGUCGCUGUUUCAUGCAUCCUUGCAAAGAGGAAAUUACCAAGAACGAAACCUGAAGAGCUCUCCAAUACCGCUUUUGACAACCCACUUUAUGAGGCUCAGAGUGUAAAGUCUACAGAGUGUGCUGCCUCACUGGGAGUUCAGAUCAGUGUUUCUCCUUGGCAGACACAGCAGGAGUUUUCUUGCAGUAAAGAUCGAAUGGCUACUUCCUUUGCCAACCCUCUAUAUGGCACAGCUACAGGAAGAACCAUGGAGGCGCCAUGAGAUGUCACUGGAAGCGGCCACAAAACAGGAUGGAUACUUUACGCAACUUCAUCUGGUGGAAUGUUUUCCUUGUCUCUAAGACUUGAACUGAAUAAUGGUAGAGCAUUAGUCACUUGAAUGAAAAUGGGAUGAUUUUCAUAUUAAAAUAAUUAUCUUCUCCAGAUUACACUUCAUUAAAAAUAGCAUCCACCCACACAAGGAAACAGAGUCUUACGUGAUAUUUAAGUUGGCACAGAAUAUUCUUGGUUACUUUUGUUUUGA